CAGAUGUAGGAAAUCAAGAGAUCAUUCGAAAACUUGCAUCUCCAGAGAAGGAUUGUUAACGCUUAAUCCCCUUCCUGGUGUUUAGCUGCAUUAGAUAUGGCGACAGGCGGUCAGGAUUCUUGCGUUUAUGGAAGUGAUGUGGAGAAGUACACAAAAUGUCCAUGUUGUUCGAAAAAUUACGUUGACCCUUGGUUUCUGCAAUGUGGUCAUACAAUGAACUUGAGAUGUAUUCGUAGGCAGCAACCAAUUGUAAAAUGCUCUGUUUGUGAUGAAACCUUUCUUCAGGCUACAAGUAGGAUUGCCAUAAAUCGGUUUGCUAAAGAUAUUUCUUUGAAGGUAGCAUAUAGGGAAAUCACCAACCUUUUGCUCACUAAUCCCGCAUGUUCUUUAAGUGAACAUACCGAUAAAGAUGCAGUAAGUUACUGUGAAAGAUGCAGUAUGAGGAUGUGUCACAAUUGCAAUCAAUUUCAUAGCAUGAAUCCCUCAACUAAAAGACACAAAACAUACGAAGUCAGUGAGAUGAUUGACAGGAAAUGCCAUGAGGAGGAUAUAAAUGUUGAUCCACAGUCACCUUGUGAAUACCACGAUCAUGAAAUCAUUAAGAAUUGGUGUUUAGACUGUAAAAUUCCAUCUUGUAAUGAAUGUUGUUCAGGACAUCAUUUAGAGUCACUUUCAAAACAUGUAAUAAGAGCCGAAAAUGAAAUUCGGAUAAUAAAAGAAAAACUCGAAAGAGGUUUAACAGCUAUACAAAUCGAUUUGGAAGUGGUAAAACAAAAUAAAAAAAUAAUAAAACAAGGAGGACACUUAAAAGGAGAAAUUGCUUCCGAAAUGGAGUGGUCCAAACAAAAAUGCAAACUUGUCAUUAAAAUAUAUGACGUCUUAUUACGGGAAGUGUCUCUGCUUCAAAAGAAGGGGAACGAAUUUCACAAGUGUUACACUCUGCCAUUUUUCUCAUUCCAAACUAAAAGAAUUCAAGAAUCGACCAACAGUAUUCCAAGUUGUAGUCGGAGUCUCGUCAGCCACUUAUAG